UAUGGUUAAAUCACAAGAAUGUUCAUCCUAGCUUAAGCAGACCAAAAAAUAUCAAAAAAUUGAUAGAGACUAGCGUAAAAUAGUCUUAGAGUUAUUAAUAAAAGAAAAAUUAUCACUUUAAGAGGUAUUCACCAUAUUCACUAAAUUACUUAUCUAUAUACCACUAUAUAUUGUGUAUUUCACAAUUCCUUUCUAGGUAGCCAACAGACUUCAUUUAAAGUAUUGUACAGUCAGAACAAUUCAAAAAGCAUUUGAAUAGGAUGGUCGUAUAGGAAAGAAGGAAACAAGAAAAAAGAAGCUCAAAGUAUAGAGUAUUGUGAAAGUUUCAGUCUUGAAUCCCUUCACUCUUCAAGUUCAACCAUUGUGUGUUCAAUCUGAUACUACUUAAGUAAUAUAUAUAUAUGAGAAGUCUAGAUUUAUGUUGAUAAGCAGCCAUCUCUAAUGGAUCAAUUAAAUUUGGCUAAUGAAUAGAAAUAACUCAUAUCAUCCUAAUAUCAAUAGCUGACCUAGGCUCUAACUUCAGAAAUUAAAAAUGCAAGUAUAGUCCAACAAUCACUCCUACAAAACCUAUUGCUAUCCUCUUAGAUAGUGUUCAAAUAGAUUCUAGACUUUAAACCUCAAAUUUAAGUUAAAAAGGAAUUCGAUUCAGUAUCCACAACUCCCUACCCUUUUUAACAAAUCUCACAAUACCCUUAAUUUUACCCUGUACCUCACUCUUUUCUUAGAACUUGAU